AAAAAAAAAAACUGCUCCCAUUCCCAUUUAUACUUAUUAAUUAAUUAAUUAAAGAAGAAAAGCAAAAGCAAACCGUAUACCACUAAUUUGCUUUUAUUUUAGCUGCAGAGCUACCCUGUACUAUACACUAAGCAUAAACCCACACUAAAAGUGAAAUUCCCAUUGAUUUUGAGAGUGAGCGAACGAAGAGCUCGAGCUCUGAUCACUAGCUUAGCUCCGGCGCUACUCUUUAAUUCUUUAACCUUUAUUUUCUUUCUCAGUUUAGCUAAAGGGAAAUAGCAAUUAUUCAAACCCUAAGGAAGAUUCGAGUACAUGAGAUUCUCAUUCUUCUCUCGUUUUAAUGGCGUUCUUGCUUUGCAGGGUUACUAACUGAAAUAUAGUCACAUGUAAUGUUAAGCGGUUAUUGGAGAUGGAGAGGUUUCCAGAAUUAAAGGCUCCUCCUGGGAAAUUGCCUGGUGCGGGACAGUUGUCAAAUGCGUAUGUGUCCUUGGGAAGAGAAGGGGGCCAGAUUCAAAAGCUUCAUGCUGGCUUAGUUAGAGAAGUCGCGGGACGAUUUAAUGCCCACGGCCCCCAAAUUACGGACUUACCUAUUCCUGUAAGACCAUGGAAGGGAAAAGAUUCCGUGGAAUUACUAGAAGAGAUAAUGCUAGAUAUUGCUCCUUCUAAGGGAAGUAGUGAUUCCAUGGAUGAAAGUGGCCCUAGUUCUUUCUCUGGUGCUAGUCAUCCACCAGAACCUAUCGAUAUGGAUCUAAUGAAAACAGUGUAUGUACCAAUCGGGCAAAAUCAAUCUGACCCCAGAUGUCUUAUGAAGAGUAUGUCUAUGAAGGGGCCUUUCCUUGAAGAUCUUUCAAUCAGAGUUCCACCUAAGAAACCAAGCCCUGCUGUUCUUUCACCAGCAGAAAGUUUGAUUGAGGAACCUAAUGACUUAGUAUCUUUAUCUCCUCCAUUUGCUGUUGCUCGUGCUUCACAAAAUACGGAAGGUUCUCUCCUUCCACCGGAUUCGGAUGAGAAAGAAUGUGUGUGGGAUGCUUCUUUGCCACCAAGUGGUAAUGUAAGUCCACAUAGUAGCAUUGAUAGUAUGGGUGUUCUGACGGCUAUGAGCAUUGUCAAUAGCUGUGCCAGUACAUAUAGAAGUGAUGUUAUUACGAGUGAUGGCAUGAUAAGUAUGGAGAGAAACUGCGAGAGCACAAAAGGGAGCGUUAGUGUUAGGGGGGAUUCACUUGAGAGUACAAAGACUAGUGUUAGUCGGGCGAGUGAUAGCAGUGGCCUUAGUGAUGAUAGCAACUGGAGUAACAUCACUGGAAGUGCAAAUAAGCCCCAUAAAGGAAAUGAUCCUAGGUGGAAAGCUAUUCUUGCCAUCCGAGCACGAGAUGGAAUUUUGGGCAUGAGUCACUUUAGACUACUAAAACGGCUUGGUUGUGGUGACAUUGGUAGUGUAUAUCUUUCAGAAUUGAGUGGGACUCGUUGUUAUUUUGCAAUGAAAGUAAUGGAUAAGGCAUCUCUUGCAAGCAGGAAGAAGUUGACCCGGGCUCAGACAGAGAGGGAGAUCUUGCAGCUCUUGGAUCAUCCAUUCCUACCAACUUUGUACACACAUUUUGAAACUGAUAGAUUUUCUUGUUUGGUCAUGGAAUACUGUCCAGGAGGUGAUCUGCAUACUCUGAGGCAACGACAACCCGGGAAACAUUUCUCUGAGUAUGCAGCAAGAUUCUAUGCUGCUGAGGUUUUGUUGGCUCUUGAAUACAUUCACAUGCUUGGAGUUGUCUAUAGGGACUUAAAACCUGAAAAUGUUCUUGUUCGUGAUGAUGGCCACAUAAUGCUCUCAGACUUUGACCUUUCCCUCAGAUGUGCAGUCUCACCCACCCUGAUCAGAACCUCAUUUGAUACUGAUGCUUCAAAACGAGCUGCUGGUGGCGCAUUUUGUGUUCAGCCUGCCUGUAUUCAGCCAUCAUCUGUUUGUAUUCAGCCUUCCUGUUUUAUUCCCCGAAUAUUCCCUCAGAAAAGUAAGAAGAAAAACCUAAAACCUCAAGCACAGCUUGGACUGUCUUCAACUGCACUUCCAGAGCUUGUAGCAGAACCCACUGCAGCACGGUCCAUGUCCUUUGUUGGAACCCAUGAAUACCUAGCCCCUGAAAUUAUCAAGGGAGAAGGUCAUGGCAGUGCAGUUGAUUGGUGGACAUUUGGCAUUUUCUUGCAUGAACUAUUAUACGGUAAAACGCCAUUCAAAGGCUCAGGAAACCGUGCUACACUAUUUAAUGUAGUUGGGCAGCAGCUUAGAUUUCCAGAGUCGCCCGCGACCAGCUAUGCUAGCCGAGAUCUGAUACGAGGCUUGCUGGUGAAGGAGCCAAAUCAUAGAUUAGGAGUGAAGCGAGGUGCGACUGAGAUCAAGCAACAUCCUUUCUUUGAAGGUGUUAAUUGGGCUCUGAUUAGGUGCAGCACACCUCCAGAAGUGCCACGUCCGAUGGAGGCUGAUCUGCCCGGAAAAUUUGGGCCCGUUGAACCAAUUGGGGUGCGCAGUAGCAGUAAAAGAAUAGUAGGAACAGACAUGAAAUCUUCUGGAGGUAAAUAUCUAGACUUUGAGUUCUUUUAGUGCUGUGUAGUAUUAGAAUUAAUUGAUCUUCUUAAGGGAGUCAACAAGUAUGCCUGUAUUACAUUGUUCUGAUAAUGAUUUUCAGUUUACACUUUAAAAUGAGUAGCUAUAUAUAAUUGAAAAGUUCAUUUUUGGACU